CCCAACAGCGCAGAGACAUCGGUUCAAUAGCCGAUAAAGCCGAUUGCCCGGUGGAAAAGUUUCCUAAGCAGGAUGCGGAAAAAGAAAGAGGAAAAGCAACAGGCAUAAUGCUCCUGGGACGCAAGAAAAGAUAAGAAGAAUUCGACUUCUCCCUCAGUAUACAACGACCAAUCGACCACCUCGACCAGAUACAGACAACCAGGGCAGCGGCAAUGGCGCUCAAUCGAUCUUUCACCCUCAACACCGGCGCCAAAAUGCCCGCCGUCGGCUUCGGCACGUGGCAGGCUGCACCGCACGAGGUCGAGAAGGCGGUCGAGAUAGCUCUCAGGGCCGGCUACAGGCACCUGGACUGUGCGGCAAUCUACAGAAACGAGACCGAGGUCGGCCUGGGCAUCCAGAAAAGUGGCGUCGACCGGAAAGACAUCUUCAUUACGACGAAGCUGUGGAACAGCAAGCAUGACCCCAAGGAUGUCGAACCGGCCCUCGACAAGUCGUUGAAGGAUCUCGGUCUCGACUACGUCGACCUGUACCUUAUGCAUUGGCCCGUGGCUUUUGCCUCGGGAGACCGGUGGUUUCCCCUCGACGAGCAGGGCGUGUUCCGCCUGUCAGACGUGCCUUUUACCGAGACGUGGAAGGCCAUGGAGGCACUGUUAAAGACCGGCAAGACCCGUGCAAUUGGCGUCUCGAACUUCAACGUCCGCCGGCUGAAGGAGCUUCUCGCCACUUGCGAGGUGGUUCCCGCGGUCAACCAGGUCGAGGCACACCCCUAUCUCCAGCAACCCGAGCUCCUCGACUUCUGCAAUGAGAAGGGCAUCAUUCUCCAGGCCUAUAGUCCUCUGGGAAACAACACGACCGGCGAACCAAAGACGCUCGAUGAUCCCGAAGUCCAUGCUGUCGCCAAAUCCCUGGGAAUGGACCCAGGCCAAGUCCUCGUGAGCUGGGGCAUUCAGCGCGGCACGGUCGUGCUCCCCAAAAGUGUUACCGAGAAACGUAUUCGCGACAAUUUCAAAGACGCCAUCCUACCGGACGACGCGAUGAAGAAGUUGAACGCGCUCGAGAGACACAAAAGGUUCAAUUUCCCCGCCAGAUGGGGAUACGAUAUCUUCGACGAGGUCGGUGAUGAGCAGGUUGCCAAAAUCGCAAAGGAAUCCGGUCCCGACAACCUGCAAAAGUUCACUGUUUGAGCAUAGAAUCUAGAUUUCGAUAGACUGCAUAGAGCAAUU